GGAAAGACGGUCGUCAUCUCCAAGUAAGCUACCCCUUCCCGCCCCCCUUUUGAAGACAUCCAGCCUGGCUGCGAUAGUUCGGCUGACGCAAACUUUUCUAAAGUCCCGAGGUUGUCCCCGGUGAUAUCGUCAAUCUGAAGAUGGGUGAUACUGUUCCCGCAGAUAUCCGUCUUUUCGAAGCUAUGAACCUAAACUGUGACGAGCAGUCUUUGACCGGCGAGGCAAUACCAGUGGAGAAAUCUACUGCCCACGACAUCAUGGUACCAGGUACCGAAAAGCCGGCAGUAUCCGAAGACGAGGUUGGCAUAGCCGAUCGUAUCAACAUCGCCUACGCAACUACCAUCGUUCGCAAGGGACGUGGCCGGGGAAUUGUCGUGGCUACUGGCAUGCAGACCGAGGUUGGCAGGAUUGCAGCGUCGACUUCCAAGAAACGGCGCAAGGCUGGCAGGUCGAUGAACUGGCGCAAGUACGGCAAGGCCCAACCCAUCAAGGGCGCGUUCAGGCGAACCUACGACUUCCUCGGAAAGUUUUUGGGCCUGACCGAGGGCACCCCUUUGCAAAUCAAGCUGGCAAAGCUUGCGUACCUGCUCUUCUUUUGUGCACUCCUCCUCGCUGUCGUCGUCUUUGGUGUCAAUAAGUUUUCCAUCCCGAUCCCCAAGGAGGUUAUCAUAUAUGCCAUCUCCACGGGUAUUGCCAUCAUCCCAGAGUCCCUUGUCGCUGUUCUGACCAUUUCAAUGGUGGUGGCAACCACUGUGAUGAGGAAGUCAAACGUCGUUGUUCGGGAUCUAUCUGCCCUCGAGGCACUAGGAGGAGUCACCAACAUUUGCUCAGAUAAGACCGGCACGCUCACCCAGGGUGCCAUGAUCGUUAAAAGGGUUUGGCUUCCGCGGUCUACCGUGUACACCGUUCGCGACUCGAAGGACCCAAGUGAUCCCACAGUCGGAACUGUCACGUAUGCACAAGCGGGCGAGGAGCCGAAAGAGCAGGCCCGCGACUUCGACCAAGAGAGAAGUUCCCAGGCCAUAAAGUUCGACGUUCCAGAGGGCAAGGCAAACCCAAAACAGCCGGAACCGGCCCAACUCGAAGCUGAAAUAACCCCAGAGCUUCGGUUGUUUCUACUCUCGGCCGCGCUCUGCAAUCUUGCCACCGUGAGAUUUGACGAUAAAGAGGAUAAAUGGCAGACGACUGGCGAGCCUACCGAAAUUGCGCUCCAGGUAUUUGCCCACCGGUUCAAGCUCGGGAGAAAGCCCCUUGAGGCCCUGGGCUGGAAUCAAAUUUCCGAAUUCCCAUUUGACAGUUCCAUCAAGCGCAUGUCUGUCAUCUGGAGUGCCCCCCAGGGUAACGAUGCCGGACUCAGCGCCGAGAACGACGUCGUGUUUACCAAAGGCGCUGUUGAACGCGUAUUGGAUCUGUGUACCCAUAUCGGGGUCGGCGGUGCCCGAGAGCCCAUGUCGGAAGAGAUCAAAACCAAGGUCCUUGCCCAGAUGACCGACUUUGCUUCUCAGGGCCAGCGCGUCCUUGCUAUUGCGUACCGGCAGUGGGAGGGAAAGUACGCUGCUCGUUCAGAUCCUCGCGAUGCGGAAGACGGCGAUGACGCUGCACGCUCGGAGGUGGAGAGAGACCUGACUCUCCUCGGUCUGGCCGGCAUUUACGAUCCGCCGCGCCGCGAGACGACGCCCGCCAUAUUCGAGUGCUCCAAUGCCGGAAUCAAGGUCCACAUGUUGACGGGCGACCACCCAGAGACAGCAAAGGCCAUCGCCAAGGAGGUUGGGAUCAUCCCACACAAUCUGGGGGUCCUGCCAGCCUCGGUUGCAGACUCGAUUGUGAUGAAGGCCACCGACUUUGACAAGUUGACUGAAGACGAAAUCGAUGCGCUGGAGGAGCUCCCGCUCGUCAUUGCCCGGUGCGCACCCGAGACGAAGAGCCGCAUGAUUGAAGCGCUUCGCCGCCGCGAUGCCUUCAUGGCCAUGACAGGAGACGGAGUCAACGAUGCGCCGUCACUGAGUCGGGCAGACGUAGGGAUUGCCAUGGGAUCGGGCAGCGACGUGGCAAAGUCGGCGGCCAAGAUUGUCUUGACGGACGACAAGUUCAACAGCAUAGUUGCGGCGAUCCGAGAAGGCCGACGAAUGUUUGAGAACAUUCAAAAAUUCGUGCUACACCUCCUCAGCAGCAACGUUGGCGAGGUGAUCCUCCUCAUCGCAGGUCUGGGCUUCCGCGACGGCUCGGGUCUCUCCGUGUUCCCAAUCUCGCCUCUUGAGAUUCUGUGGAUCAACAUGCUGACCUCGUCGUUCCCAGCCUUUGGGCUCGGGCGUGAGAAGGCCAGCCGUGAGGUGAUGCGCAAGCCGCCGCACGACAAAAGGCGUGGCGUGUUCACGAACCAGAUCCUGGCUGAUAUGAUCGUUUACGGAGUGCUCAUGGGCACCUGCACUCUCAUGACGUUCGUCAUUGUCAUUUACGGGCGAUACGAGGGCCAACUGGGGGAAGACUGCAAUCGAAUGUACUCGCCGAGCUGCGAGCCCGUCUUCCGCGCCAGGGCCGCCGUGUUCGCCGAGCUGACGUGGCUGAUCCUGAUCAGCGCAUGGGAGUUCAAGAGCAUCCGCCGGAGCAUGUUCCGGCUGAGCCCCGACGACCCUAGCCGGUUCCCGUUGUUCAAGGACCUGUACGAGAACAAGUUUCUCUUCUGGGCUGUUACAAUCGGCGCCCUCAGCGUGUUUCCGACUGUUUACAUCCCUUACCUGAACAGGGACGUGUUCAAGCACACUUCGAUUAGCUGGGAGUGGGGAGUUGUCGUGGGCAUGACGGUGGUCUACGUGCUGGGGGUGGAGGCUUGGAAGCACGCCAAGCGCACCUGGGGAAUCCUGGACGACCACAAGGUGGUCCGGGGCAGCUGGAGCCAGGGCGAGGAGGGCACGAGAAAGUUCACCAAGACGAUGAGCUUCUCGAGUCUGAAGAGCUGGAAGAGUUGGGGCCGUGCCGAGUCGAAAGGAAAGGCUGGACCAAACCCUGGACAGAACACUGGACAGAACCCUCUAGGGCAAUCUUCAGCGGAGAGCGGGCAGUCUGUGUGACUGUAGGUAUGGGUAAGCAUAUAGUGGGAGGCAGUGUGUUCUGGUGAGGAAGGUUAAUUAAUUGUUUGCGCCGCCGAACUGAUACGGACUUGAAUCUAUACAAUUUGGUAUGGUGAUGGGCAUGAGUCAUUCCAACGGAAUAUUAUAAUAUAGGACAACUAGGGUUUUAUAUGCUUUUUACUCUAUUUAGUUAUUUAGUGUUUGGAAUAUGGUACCGCCUUUUCUCAACGC